AUGCUACGAACUUUAACCCCGCAUUCCCCGUACUGCAUCAUACCCCGUUGUUGCAUGCUCCCAUUCCGUGCAGCAUCGGGAGGUCCUUCUGCUUCCAUGUCCCCGGAAGACCUCUUUGUCCGUUCUUUCCUAGACAGCACUGCGGCUGCUGGUUUCACUGCUGAUGGCGGUGCUGCUGAUGCUGCUGCUGCUUCCGCUGCUGAUUCCGCCGCUGGCACUGGUGCUGCUGGUGGCGCUAGCAACGCAAGCGGGUCUUCCCCGUUAAGCUUUGGGACUGGAGAGCAAGGGGGUGCGGGGUUGGGGGGAAACCAGGGUGGAACUGGGGCAGGGGAAGCCGGAGCGGGGGGAGAAGGGAAGGGGGAAGCAGGCAUGGGUUCGCCGCUGCCAUUUCCGACCUUAAACGUAUGGGGAGCAGCAGCAGGACGAGGAACAGGCACGGCAGGAGCAGGCUCGGCAGGAGGAGCAGGCAUGGGAGGAAGAGCAGGCCUGUCAGCUGCAGCGGUGUACCCUUCACCGAAGCUCAGCCGUCUCAACAGCGAGGAGCUGUUCCAGAGCUGGCUGUCCGCUGAUAUAGCCAACUCCCCGGUACAAGCUCUUCCGCCUCGUCCUUUUCCUCCAGUGAACCUCCCCCGCCCCACCUCUCGACAGCAGUUGCAGCAACGGCUGCUGGUGGAACAGCAGCAUCAGCCGGGACAGGGGCAGCAGCGGCAGCAGCGGCAGCAGCAGCAGCAGGAGCAGCAAUACCAAGGUCAGGGGCAAGGGAAUCUUGGUCCAGUCAACGACGCCAAUGAGUCGUUUCUCUUUGCCAUGCCAUCAGUGGAUGGGUCUGACGUGGCCCGGGGUGUAGGGCGGCUGGUGAACGCGCAGGGCGUACCUCUCUCAACGGACGAGCUGCUGCAGCGACUGGCGUCGCCCGCAGACCUACAGGCCACCAUAGCCGCCCUGCAGGGGCCGCUGGGACAGGAGCAGGGAUCUGCUCCUGGCACUCCUACCUUUGGGGCGGCGGGGCCGAGUUUUGAGAUGGAGAAGGAGCAGCAGAAGCAGCGUCAGGUGGUGGGAACACAGCAGGUGCAGGAACAGCAGCAGCAACAGCAACGGCAACAGCAAUGGCAGCAGGAGCAGGAAACGAGAAGGCAGCAGCAUAGCGAGAAGCAACAGCAGCAGUGGCAGCAGCAACUACAGCACCAGCAACAACACCAACAGCAGCAGCAGCAGCAGCAGCAGCAGCAGCAGCAGCAGCAGCAGCAGCAGCAGCAGCAGCAGCAGCAGCAGCAGCAGCAGCAGCAGCAGCAGCAGCAGCAGCAGCAGCAGCAGCAGCAGCAGCAGCAGCAGCAGCAGCAGCAGCAGCAGCAGCAGCAGCAGCAGCAGCAGCAGCAGCAGCAGCAGCAGCAGCAGCAGCAGCAGCAGCAGCAGCAGCAGCAGCAGCAGCAGCAGCAGCAGCAGCAGCAGCAGCAGCAGCAGCAGCAGCAGCAGCAGCAGCAGCAGCAGCAGCAGCAGCAGCAGCAGCAGCAGCAGCAGCAGCAGCAGCAGCAGCAGCAGCAGCAGCAGCAGCAGCAGCAGCAGCAGCAGCAGCAGCAGCAGCAGCAGCAGCAGCAGCAGCAGCAGCAGCAGCAGCAGCAGCAGCAGCAGCAGCAGCAGCAGCAGCAGCAGCAGCAGCAGCAGCAGCAGCAGCAGCAGCAGCAGCAGCAGCAGCAGCAGCAGCAGCAGCAGCAGCAGCAGCAGCAGCAGCAGCAGCAGCAGCAGCAGCAGCAGCAGCAGCAGCAGCAGCAGCAGCAGCAGCAGCAGCAGCAGCAGCAGCAGCAGCAGCAGCAGCAGCAGCAGCAGCAGCAGCAGCAGCAGCAGCAGCAGCAGCAGCAGCAGCAGAAGCAUAAUUUCACACCAAACAACACCCUCCCCCAUCCCUCAGGCGUUAGAAACAGAUUGCACAAUCUAUCACUCAGGCUCCAGGUCCCCUCUUCCAUCCCCCCCUCUUUCCUCCACCCCACCCCAGCUGUGGCCUCCCCAGGUGCACCCUCCCCAAGUGCACCUUCCCCCACUGCAGCAGGUGUACCUUCCCCAGAUAGCCCUCUCGCCUCCCCCAGUCUCCUUGUCACUCCUGCCAGCCUGUCUCCUCUGGGGGAGGCUCGGCUGCUGAAUGGCGGAUUCGGAACCGGCUCUCUCACUCCCUCUGGCACGCACACCCCCUCGGCCUGCCUCACUCCCACUGUUCCCUCCUCCCCGUUUGGUGACUCGUCUCGGCAACAUAGAGUGGAGCGACAACGCAAGAUGGCGGAGGCCAAGGGGCGCACUGGGGGUGCCGCAGGUGCCGGGUUGGGUUCACCAGAUGUGGCCAGUUUGAAGCGCAGGUGUGAGACUCUUGAAACGGAGAACCGCAGCCUCAAGACGUUCCAGAGCUUCAUGAACAGGAAGGACUCGGAGCAAACGACACGGAUAGAGCAGCUGGAGCAGGAGAACGCUCAGCUGAGAGCAGAGAACGAGAGGCUCCGGGAGGAACUAGAGCAGUUGGAGCAAGAGACUUAUCGGCUGAGAGCAGAAAACGAGAGGCACAGAGAGGAACUAGCCGCUGCCACUGCUGCUCGACAGACAGGAAUGGCCAUAACCAGCAUACCCACCAUGCAUGCUGCUGGGAUGGCACAGCCAUGA